CCCCCCCCAGUGGAGCGGUGUUUCAGAGCGAGCCCGACUGACGCCAGCUAUAACUAUCUAUCUAUAACCUGGGACAGAUGGUGUUUGAGAUGCCGCCCCGUCGAUCAUAACAUAAGACUGCGCUGACGGGAAUGAAUGAGAGAGAGAGAGAGAGAGAGAGAUGUACACUGUAGUACACGGCGCCGAGUCUUUGUAUUCCAGAACACAGCAAGCAAGCAAGCAAGCAAGCAAGCACCCGGAGAUAGAUUCCCAUUCCCGCUCUAAAAACACGCUCCGACAAUGCGGAAUUGGUAGCGGGCACAGAGAGCGAGCGGCCUUUGGUGAGGAUGCCGUUGGCCGUUUAAUUUACAUAAUCAAGGGACGGUCAUGUAGAUCUGGAGUAUUUUAUUUUAUUUUUUUUUGUUUUGUUUUUGCACUUACCGGACUCCUCGAUGAUGUCUAUACAGUUAUGCAAUCUGCACGGGCUCGGCGUUGACGAGCUGCAGAUGAUGCUGACUUUUUUUCGCCUGGACAGGAUGUGAUUCAUGUUCCGGAGGAGAUCUGAGGACCGGGAGAUUUGAGCGGAGGAUGUGUCUC